AUGUCGAACAGCACUGGCACUGAAGUGUUGCCAGUCCCGUUGGCGAGAAUUGAAGAUUUCGUGGAAACCAGCAUCGUUUUGAAGAAGGAUAAAAAUGGACUCGGACUUGGAAUCGUGGGUGGAAGCAACACAUUCUUCGAAACUGUGUGUGUGUCGGAACUGGAUCCUGGAGGCGCAGCCAGCAGAGAUGGUCGUCUGCAACUCGGGGACAUUCUGCUGGAAGUCAAUGAUGUGUCCCUGAGGACGUGCACACAGCUGCAGGCUGCUCGGGCCCUGCGACAGGCCUCGUCACCCGUGAAGCUCCGCGUGUUGCGAGAAAACCCAGAAGUGCUGUUCGUCACCGAUGAAGAUCCAUGUCGGUUUGUUACUAUAGUUCUGAAGAAAACCAUAGUAACGGAAUCUCUCGGACUCAGUCUGAUGGGCAGU